CCAAGUGUGGAAGAGGACCGGUCUGUAUCCCAAGCGUUUCAACACCAGAGUCCAUAGCUGCUCACUGAAGUCACAGUGCAAAAAGAUAUGAUCACGUGUUUCUGGGUAGUUACUGCAGAGACAACAGGAAGUAUCAAUCUGAUGGCCCCAAGAGGCUAUUCGAGUUCUUGUAGGUAGGCGGUCCAGCUGAGCAAUCCACAUUAUGAAGGCAUGACUCGGAGUGUGACCACGAAACCAAGAUGUAGUAUGGUUUAGUCAGCAAGACUUGAGCUAGAAACAUAAUAACUUGAAAGCUAAGCUAAGUUAUACAAACUCUAAAGAAUUAAGAGGAAGAAGUUGGAAGCACUCAAACAAAAAAUAUAUAUAUAUAAAAUAAACUCUAACUAAACUGAAGUGUCUCCUUCCACCAAAUAUUUUUGCUGUCACUUGAAGCUUUCUUCUGACACAAACCUCACCUUACAGUUUGGUACAACCUUAGUUUCCUCCACAGCAAUUUCUAAGAAUUUCGCCUUAUCUUACCGGCAAAUAUCAAAACACAUAGUCUCAUACAUUCCUCUAUCUCUCCUGCUCUGCUUUCGAGCUUAGCUUGCGUCACCAUGGAACCAAACACCAUGACCAGCUUCGACGAUAAGCAUCGUCAUUCCUCCUUCUCGUCAAAGAUCUGUAGAAUCUGUAGCUAUGAGGUCAAAGACGGGGACAAUGGCAAUACAUUCGUGGCUUGCCACGUGUGUGCAUUCCCCGUUUGCAAACCUUGUUAUGAGUACGAGCGUCGCAACGGUGAAAAUUGUUGCCCUCAAUGCAACACUCCCUACAAACCCAACAAAGGAGAUGAAGAAGAAGAAAACAAUGGUCCGGUUGAUUCAGAUGGUGAAUUGGAUAUCAAGAAUCGCAAGGAUGCUUCCUCCAUUCACCAGAAUUUUGCCUAUGGAUCGGUAACUUACACUACAAGAAAACAGCGGUAUUCUGACGGACGUUCCGACGGAAAAUGAAUUCCUCGGAAUAUACCGAGGAAUUUCCGAGGAAAUUCCGAAGAAACACAAAAUUUGGUUUCCUCGGA